GGUGAAGAGAGUUGCUGAGCUUGAUGCUAUGCGAAGGUCGGUAACAUCUGGACGUUGGUGUUCGAGUGAGGGAAGAGAAGGGAUGGGGUUAGCAGAGGUGCUGUUCUUACUAUUUAUGACAUUGGGACCAAUGGGUUCAACAGGAGACGAAAACACAUCCACAAACAUAACUUUUCCCCUCCCUCCCAACUGCCCAAAAAGCUGUGGUAACAUCAGCUUCGAGUACCCUUUCGGUAUAGGCAGCGGCUGCUUUCGUUCAGGUUUUAACCUUACCUGCAUGAGCCAUUCCACUGAUCCUCCUACUCGUAGCCUCUUCUUGGGCGAUGGCACCGUUGAGGUCAUUGAUUUUGAUAUGGACAAUGGAAUCGUGUACGUGAAAACUCCAAUUGUCACCAUGGAUGUCGACGAGGACUAUGUCAAUUACACAUUGAUUGAUCUGAGGAAUUUCCCCUUCUCUUUUAACUUGUUGGCAAACCUUACAUCCAGUUACGGUGAUUCAUUGACAUCUAACGAGAUUUAUGUCGCUGGUUGCAGCGCUAAUGCAAAUCUAGUUGAUCUUGCAACCAAUACCACCAUCGAUUCUUGCUCAACAACCUGUUAUCCCAAUAGUUCGACUCGACAUGAAUACUGUACAAUUUCCAUGUAUAAUUGGAAUGCUGGCAAUUUCACUUCCUUGGGGAUUCGGUUAACUCGGCUCGACGAGCAUUAUUCGUUUGACGCCUCCCCCGUUAAGGCUUUUAUGUAUUGUCAAAAUAAUUUCACUGAGGAUAUCGAAGGAAUAUUGAUUGGGACGGGAACACAAGUGAUAGUGGCCACCCUUGCGUAUUAUAUUACCGACCAAACAACAUGUAAAGAGGCUAAGAAGGAUAUGAUGACUUAUGCUUGCCGCAGUUAUAAUAGUGAUUGCUUCGAUAUCUUUCCUAGUGUAGCUCACAUAAAUUACACUAUUGGAUACAUUUGUCGGUGCUCAUUAAGUUAUCACGGUUAUCCCUACAUACCCAACGGCUGCCAAGAUAAAACUUUCACACCAUCUCUGUCAAAUAAUUAUUCAAAAAAAUGUGGGGAUGUUGACAUCUUCUUUCCGUUUGGGGUGGAAGAGGGCUGCUACAGAGACCAGUCAUUUUUUCUAACAUGCAUAAGGGCAACUGAGCCUCCUACUCUCUCCUUCCAAGACUACUACGUAGUGGUGAAUAUGUCGUUGGUGGAAGGGACUUUGGCAGUCAAGAAAAAAAAAUACGAUUACUUCUUUUCCUUCGCAUACAAUAAUCAACCUUUCAUUGGUCUUGAAGAGCUAUUCAUCUUGAAUUGGAUAAUCACAGACCAGUCCUGCAAGGAUGCUAAGCUAAACACGACCACGUUCGCAUGUGUCGACCAACACAGCUCAUGUAAUGACGAGAAAAUUAAUAGCAAUGGCCAGGAAAUUUCAGGAUAUCGUUGCCAAUGUAACGAUGGUUACGAAGGAAAUCCAUAUCUCCUAAAUGGAUGUACAGAUAUUGAUGAGUGUAGCUUUCCCCAAAAAUAUGUUUGCUAUGGAACUUGUACUAACACGAUGGGCAACUAUACUUGCACAUGCCCACCUGGGUCGUCCGGUGAUCCUAGACAAAGAGCCUGCAUCCCUGACAAAAAGCCGACUCUUGUGUUAGGUGUCAUCAUCGGCGCAAGUAAUGGCGCGGGCUUAUUGCUAUUGAGUACGAGUUUGAUCAUCCUAAGGACGAAAUGGAAGAAAAGAAAACAAAAGAGAAUAAGAGAAAAACACUUCCGUCAGAAUCAUGGUUUACUGCUACAACAACUCAUCUCUUCCCGUGAAGAUGUUGCUGAGAGAACAAAGAUAUUUCCUCUUCAGGAGAUAGAAAAGGCAACCAAUAAUUUUGAUGAAACUCGAGUGCUCGGUCGUGGAGGACACGGAACAGUUUACAAAGGGAUUCUGUCGGAUCAACGCGUAGUCGCCAUAAAGAAGUCAAAGAUUGUGAAGAAGAGCGAGAUAGAUCAAUUCAUCAAUGAGGUUGCAAUUCUUUCUCAAAUUAAUCAUAGAAACGUGGUAAAGCUUUUUGGUUGCUGCUUGGAGACUGAAGUGCCCUUAUUGAUCUAUGAAUUUAUCUCAAAUGGUGCUCUUUCGGACCAUCUCCAUACUUUAGAUGGUAGUUGUGUAUUGUCAUGGGAAACUCGUCUGAGGAUCGCUGCAGAGACUGCAGGAGCACUUGCUUAUUUGCAUUCGGCUGCUUCGAUAUCUAUUUUACACAGAGAUGUUAAAUCAUCGAAUAUUCUCUUGGAUGAUCACUUCACAGCAAAAGUAUCAGAUUUUGGGGCUUCAAGAUUUAUUCCACUUGAUCAAACUCAUAUAGUUACUGCUGUUCAAGGUACCUUUGGAUACUUGGAUCCAGAGUAUUAUCAAACAAGUCAACUGACAGAGAAGAGCGAUGUUUAUAGCUUUGGGGUCAUUCUUCUGGAGCUUUUAACAGGAAAGAAACCUAUUUUCUCCAUCGAGCAUGAGAACAAACAAAACCUGUCAACAUAUUUUCUUCAAGCACUGAAAGAGAAACGUUAUUUUGAUCUCGUGGAGGAUCGUGUUAUGAAAGAAGAGACUAAACAAGACCUUAUGAAAGUUAUUCAACUGGUAGCAACGUGCUUGAAGUUUAAAGGAAGCGAAAGGCCUACGAUGAAAGAAGUGGAGUAUAAACUACAAAGCCUAAGAAGGAUGAAGAAGAAUGCAGACAAUCAUAUUGCAGAAGUUGACCUAGCAACCGAAGGGACAUCUAGGAAUUAUAGCUUAGAAAAAGAAAUCUUGUGGUCAGAUUAUAACCCACGCAUCGCAUAUCCUUUCGGCAUAGGCAAUGGCUGCCACUGUCCGGGCUUCAAUCUUUCCUGCAUACACCGCACCACCACAUCUCCUAGGCUCUUCUUCGGUGAUGGCAAGAUCGAGGUUAUGAAAAUUUGA